AUGCCAAAAGUUUCUGAUGAUGAUGAAUUGGAUGGACUACAUUUUUCACAAGUGGAUCUAGUUGCCCUUGAUGACUUCGAACGAAACCUGCCCGACUCCCUAAAUAGUUGGCAGUUAUCCCCUGUCACCUCCGUAAGUUCGGAAGAAGAGGAGGGUGAGCGGAGCGAUCUCGAAGAGCCGGCUGCAGCUGAAGUGAAAGACGAACCGGAGACCCGUCCUGCUUCUGCCGAUCCUACCCUGGGUACUUCAGCACGACAGGCCGGUGCGGAGAGAGCUGCUGCUGCGAGCAGAGUGACAAGCGACCGGAGCGCGGAUCGUGUUCCAAACAAUCUGAUCCAGCCUUACGUGAGAGCGGUCGCCAUUAAGUCAGAGUCAAACGCCGCGGUUGGACCUUUAGUCGCCAGAAGAGUGAAUAAAGAGGGCGAGUCUGACGCCUCGGUUGAAGAGGGAUUAGAGACUCAGCUGACAGAGGAAGGACAAGGAGAAACCGCCAUCAACAGCAUUGCAGAGUCGAGAGUCCUGCAAGAUCAUCCAGGGCUUUCGAUCGUUCCCCAAGAAGCGUUCCCCGCUGCCGCCGCAGCUGCUGCCGUCACCGCAGCGACUUCAGCCGCUACCGUUCUGUGACCGACAUCAUCCAUCAGCAAGAGGCCAAGGAGAAGAGAGAUCUCUUAAAAUACGUGUUGAAGAAGGUCUGUAAAAGGCUGCU